AUGGACAGAAGACAAAGAGCUCUUCUGCAGCUGAUCAGCUUUACUGCUCUUCUUGCUUGUGCACAUGGCCAGUGUCCACAAGGCUGGAGGGAGAAUGAGGAUAAAUGUUACUUAUUCUCAACUGAUACAAAGAAGUGGAUGGAGGCGAAUGCGUUUUGUUUGGAGCAGAACAGCAACCUAAUGAGCAUUCAGGACAUUCAUGAGAGGUUAUGGCUGAGGACACAAGUCAACCAAGAGAUCUACUGGAUUGGCCUGAAUGACCAAGGCGUAGAAGGUGUCUGGGAGUGGAGUGAUGGGAAACCUUUUAUUGAAUCCAUAGCAUACUGGAUGCCAAACCAGCCUGAUAACUGGGGUGCAGACCCUGGUGAGGACUGUGGUCAGGUGGUAGGAGGCAGCGGUGGACGGUGGAAUGAUGAAAACUGCAAUGUUAGGAGGAAAUAUAUCUGCAAGUACAUCAAUCCCAAUCCUGCCCCACAGUGUGACUUAGCAAAUGGGUGGAGAUCAUACGGCUCAAACUGCUACAAGCUGAAUGCAGAGACCAGAAAGAGCUGGGCAGCAGCCAGAGAUGACUGUGUGGAUGACGGAGGAGACCUGGUGUCUAUUGUCACAGCAGAAGAAGAGCAGUACAUCACAGGAACACUGGACUCAUCUCAGUUUGACCUCUGGAUUGGCCUUUCCACUCUGAAAUGCACCAAGAUAUCAUGUCAAGUUGAGGCGGGGAACAGUCAGUUUACUUGGUCCGACGCUCAACAAGUGCAGUACACAAACUGGGCCACUGGUCAACCAACAGUUGAUACAGAAGCCGGCACAUGUUCUGCAAUAAUCAAAGACGAAUCAGACGAAUUUGGGAAAUGGAAGACCCAUGUGUGCAGAUAUGAGCGCCCUUACAUGUGUAAACGACCUCUGAACACCAUCUGCCCUAAAGGUUGGGUCAGUUUUGCUGGCAAUUGUUACUGGAUGGUCAGUAACAUCAAUCUGUUGACCACCUGGCACGACGCUGUCACCAAGUGCUCUGAGACGGGGUCCCACUUGGUCACUAUAGAGAGUCAAGAAGAACAGUUCUUCAUUAAUUCGUACCUUCCAGACUUUCACCAAGUGGACAUUCCUGACAUCUGGAUUGGGUUAUCAGACAAGGACCAGGACGGCCAAUUCAAAUGGGUGGAUAAAACCGAGAUUACUUUUUCUAACUAUGGUUCCGGUUGGCCCCAAAACACUGCAAACGUCUGGGACUGUGGACAGAUCUUCACAGGAAAUUAUGACGGUAAAUGGGAAACAACCAACUGCUUCAAGACCCUGGGUUACAUCUGCGAGAUGACGGGUGGACAGAACCCGAAACCGACUUCAGUUCCUGAUUCUCACUGUGACCAGGGAUAUUUGUUGUACGGAGACUUCUGCUAUCAUUUUGAGACUGAGACGUCGAAAAAAUGGCAGGAUGCUGAGGCUCACUGUACCAGCGAGCAGGGUCACCUGGCCAGCUUCCACUCGGAGGAAGAGCUGAGUUUCCUAAUUGCUCACAUGCCAGGAGAUGGCUGGGUGGGACUUAACGACAUCAAUGUUGAAAACCAGUUUGUAUUCACUGAUGGAACUCCUUCAGAUUAUCUCCCAUGGGCUCCAAACCAACCAGACAACUGGCAAAAUAAUGAGGACUGUGCACACAUCAGAGGGUCGAAUCAACCUAGCCCUGGGACACUGAACGAUGACUUCUGCACCUCAGCAAGGGAAUAUAUCUGCAAAAAAGCUAAGGGACAAGGACCUCCUCCCCAGCCCCCAACAUCUGGACCAGGGUGGAAUGAAAAAUGUGGUUCUUGGACGUCUGACCCGUUUAAUGACUACUGCUACCUGUUUAACUACCUGUCAAGAAGGACGUGGGCAGAAGCUCGAGCCGACUGCGUCAACCAGGGUGGAGACCUCGUCAGUAUCACUGAUCCCUUUGAACAGGCGUUUAUACAAGGUCUGAUCCAGCAGAGUCCCACAGGGAUCUCUCUGUGGAUGGGUGGUCACGACUCCAUCACUGAAGGUGGCUGGGAGUGGACAGAUGGCUCUCCUUUCAGAUACAUCCGCUGGAAUGCAGGUAACCCAGACAACUACUUCGGUGAAGACUGCCUGUCUAUACUUAUUAAUAACGGCUACUGGAACGACGACGAAUGUGAGAACGACAGAGGAUACAUCUGCAAGCGGAGAGGAAAUACACCUGAGCCUCCUCCACCUCAUGAUGGUUAUAUGACAGCGAUUGUGUGUCAGGACUCGUCUGCCGUCCUUCACUGUCCAGAAGAAAGCGUCAUUAACAUCAAGUCUGCUUUCUUUGGACGGAAGAGUGAUGACAUCUGUCCACACCUGGAUGAAUCAGGAGGAGGAAGCUGCACAGUGGAAGGUGUCCUUCCUCUAUACAGAAAGGCAUGUGACAACCGUCAAUUCUGCUUUGCAUACGCCCACACGGAGGUGGACCCCUGCCCUACUGUUUCCAAAUACCUCGAGAUCGUCUACAGUUGUGAACAGAAAGUGUGUCUGCACGGCCUGGGUGUCGAAGACAGGAACAUCACAGACUACCAGCUUUCUGCUUCCUCCUCUAUUGGUACCUAUACUCCUAACAAAGCCCGUCUGAAUGGAAAUUCUUGCUGGAUGCCGUCAGGAAGUGCAACUUCAAGCUGGAUCCAGGUAAACCUGGGCCAGACCAGAAAAGUAACAGGGAUAGUAAUCCAGGGUUGUCCUCAACAAGACCACUGGGUCACCAAAUUUAAGAUCCAGCACGGUAUGGACGGAACAACCUGGACUGACUACACUGCUGAUGGGCAGUUUUUCCUAGGCGCCGCAGACAGAGACACUCCUGAAACUCAGCUGCUGGGUACACCUGUGUCAGCUCAGUACGUCCGCAUCCUCCCGCAGGAGUUCAACGGUCAAGCAGGCCUCCGCUUUGACGUCUUAGGAUGCACACCUGACUAUGCAGUCACAUGUGCAAAGAAGCCCAACUUCAUCUUUUCCAACGACCAAAUGACUGUCCACUGUCCAGCAGGCUGCGCUAACGAAAAUUACAUAGUAUAUGGCUCUUCAGUAUAUCGUGGGGAUUCAAACAUCUGUGCAGCAGCUCUCCAUGCUGGAGUGAUCCUAAAUGCAAGAGGAGGAGAUUGCACUUUAUUGAAAGCUCCAGGACAGAAUUUCUAUGCUGGCUCCAACAGAAACGGCAUCACCACGAGACAAUAUAAUGGAGACUAUGCUGUGUCUUACACUUUUGCAGAUGGAGGGCUGAGAUGUCCAGCAUCUGACUGGUAUGAGUUUGGAGAUUACUGUUACCAACCUUCUACAGACAAAAAGACAUGGCACGAUGCUCAGGACGCCUGCCGUGAAGUUGGUGCUGAACUCGUAUCCAUCCUCUCGAUGACAGAGCAAAGCUGGGUGGAAAGUUACCUGUACCUGGCCACCAGUGACGUGUGGACUGGUCUGAAUGAUCUGAAUAUCCCUGGUAUGUUCUCCUGGUCUGACGAACAUAUGGCGACUUUCACCUACUGGGCUCCAGGAGAACCCAACAACCACCAUGGGUUCAGCGAGGACUGUGUGGAGAUGUUACAUCAGACUGGCAGAUGGAACGACGUGACCUGCACCGAACUGAAUACCUAUAUGUGCAAAAUGCCCAAAGCACAUUACCCAGUGCCCUCUGUGAAACCCACUGCAUAUGGAUGCCCACAGGGCUGGGAUGCGUAUGGUUACGCCUGUUACUGGUUGCUGGAAACACCCAAGACCUGGUUGGAGGCUAAGGCUUUUUGUGAAAGUCAGGACAGCUUUCUGCUGCACCUUGGAGACAUUUAUGAGCAGGCCCAUUUUACAGUGAAACUGUCAGGAAAGACGGGUAUGUGGUGGAUUGGGCUGCGUGCUCGAGGCGAUACAGUUGGAGGUGUGGACUACAUCUGGGACAACGGCGCAUUUCUCACCUACACUCACUGGGACAGAAACCAGCCAGAUAACGGGGAAGGAACUUGUGUGGCUAUGACAUCUGGUGAGACUGGUGGUUUCUGGGAUGACAAGGAGUGCUUGGAGAAAUUUGCCUUCAUCUGUGAGAAACCCAGACCUGACAUCACCCCACCCACCAAGGCCCCGACUCCUCCUCCGUCACAGGGCUGUGCGGAGGGCUGGACGGCCCAGCCCCACUUCAGGAACUGUUUCAAGCUCUUCCACAAUGUGGAGUGGUCCGACAAGAAGAGCUGGGGAGCAGCACAUGAAGACUGUGUCUCCAGAGGAGCUAAUCUGGUCAGCAUCCACACUCAGGAGGAAGAAGAGUUCUUGGCUCUGUACAGCAAGGCCACCAGCAAGUGGAUCGGCCUCAAGCUAAACCCAACAGAAGGAGGCUAUUCUUGGAGCGAUGGCUCAGCUCUGUCCCACACCAACUGGGGCUUCGGGGAGCCAAACAGCCACGACGGCCGUGAGGAGUGUAUAGAGAUGGUGAGCAACCACAAUGGGAGCUUUUCCUGGUGGAACGAUCUCAACUGUGACGCUCACCAGGAUUGGAUAUGCAUGAUCUCCAAAGGAAAGACCCCCAUUCUGCCCCCCGUGCCCCCACCUCCUGUUCCAGCUCCUGAUUGUGGCAGCAACCCAGGCUGGAGGAAGAACAACAACAUCUGCUACUACUACAAUGACACCGACAUCGUGGACUUCCCCACAGCUAUGCAACGCUGCUAUGCAGAGAAGGCCAGACUUGUCUCCAUCCUCAACAAAGAUGAACAGGCAUACGUUAACAGCAUGGUGGGGACAGGCGAGGUCACUGCAGCCUGGAUUGGAAUGGCGAUGUUUGGUAUUGCAAAUGGACAAUACGCGUGGUUGGACUUCUCACCUAUAACAUACACCCACUGGGGUCCAGGUGAGCCCAACAAUGCCAACGGGGAGGAACAGUGUGUUCAGAUGAACAGACAUCAAGGUUCAUGGAACGAUGCCAACUGCGGUCGUGCUGGAGCAGGUUACGUCUGUAAGAAGUUCCCCGGAGAUGUCCACACCCCUCCUCCACCCACACAGCCCUGGGAGGGCAACUGCCCUGAAGGCUGGAUGCGUUUCAAGGAUAAAUGCUUCUUAUUCAAAGGGAAGAAAGAUGAUAUUAAAGCCAACUGGACGUUUGCUCGGAGUUGGUGCCAACAGCAGGGAGGAAAUCUGGCAAUUAUUGAUGACCAGUAUGAGAACGACUUUGUGUCGAGUUACUUGAGGGACCUGGAGAAACCCGCGUGGAUCGGUCUGUCAGAUACCCUGGUAGAGAAUCAGUACGCCUGGUCUGAUGGGAUCAGCCCUGUACUGUACACCAACUGGAACGAGAAGGAGCCCAACAACGCAGGAGGAGCGGAACACUGUGUAGCAAUGACUCACACCCACCUGGUGAGCGGCAAGUGGAACGACGACGGCUGUCAUAAAGAUCAAAGCUUCGUCUGCUCCAGAAAGAAAUCGAGCAGCGUCGCACCUCCUCCCCCUACAAAGAACCCCUGCCCCGCUGGCUACACCUCCUGGUACAUGAACUGCUACAAGUUGGUGGAGGAGGCAGCAAAGUGGGAUGAGGCUCAGGAGGCUUGCCGGAAAGAGGGAGGAAACCUGGCCAGCAUCGACAUGAGCUACGACCAGGCCUUCGUCGCCGGAGCCGUGUUACAGGGGAGAGGGGACGCCUGGAUCGGACUCAGACGCAAGGAAAAUGGCUCUUACAUAUGGACAGACGGCUGGCCAGUUUUCUUCACUCACUGGGGACCAGCAGAGCCCAGUAACAUCGCGGGUGAGGGCUGCGUGAGUAUGCAUGCAGCAUGGCCAUUCCAUGGGACCUGGAACGACACAAAUUGUAACCAAGCUAAAGCCUACAUCUGCAAGAUCUCCUAUGAGAAUCCGCCAUCCACUCCUGCCCCCGGUGAUGGGAAGUGUCUGCCUUUCUGGCUUCCCUACGGUCGCCACUGUUACCAUGUGUACAACGGUCCACAGGGCUUCUCUUGGCCCGACUCCCGACAUUACUGCGAGUCUGCCAACGCAGAUCUGGCGUCCAUCCACAGCAGAGCGGAGGUGGAGUUCAUCAGAAGCUUCAACGUCACCAAACGUCACAACCUCUGGAUCGGCCUCACCAGGGACAGCAGCUUCGGCUGGGGCUGGACAGACAAGACAUCUCUGGGCUUCAUCAACUGGGCUCAAGGCGAACCCAACCUGGCCUUUCACCCCGGGGAUGUGGCCGAGGAGAACUGCGUGGAGAUGUACAACGACGGGCGCUGGAACGACAACAACUGCCUGCAGAAGAGAGGUUUCGUAUGCAGGCACCGCCAGUACUAUAAUACAGAUGAUGGCGGAAAUCCCAUUUUUCCCACUGAUCCUCCAAGCAGCGAUGCAGGAUUGAUAGCUGGUGCAAUUAUUGGAGCCGUCGUGGUUGUCACCUUGAUAGCAGGAAUGCUCUACUACGUCAUCAGCGUGCGAGGAUACAAACCGAACUUCAGCCUGCCAACAAGAAUGCCCACCGCUAGCGCUACGACUGAUGUGCCUGCUUUCAUCAACCCCAACUUUGCUGGAGAAUCAGACACAUAA